AAACUAUCCCGGAUAAAUUAUCCCGUAUAUAGAGUGAGUGUCAGUAACAAAUAUCCCGUAGGCUUCUGGUGAUGUCACGUGACGUCUCGAUGUCUGCCAUAAAAGUCGCCGUUCGUGUUCGCCCGUUCACCGAGCGCGAGUCGACGCGAAAAUCGAAAUGCGUCAUAUCGAUGAGAGACCGCCAGACGACUCUCUCGCUCUCCGGGACGUCGCAGAGUCGAGAAAACGAGCCCAAACGCUUCACAUUCGACUAUUCUUAUUGGUCGUUCAGUGAUUCAGAUCCGCACUAUGUAUCACAGGAGAAGGUACACUCUGAUUUGGGACAAUUGGUGUUGGAGUCCGUGUACACUGGAUAUAACUCAUGCAUAUUUGCUUACGGCCAGACUGGAUCCGGCAAGACGUAUAGCAUGAUGGGUUGGAAUGGUCAGCAAGGCCUUGUGCCUCGAAUAUCGCAAGAGCUGUUCACCAGAGCGGAAGCAGGAGAUCAGACAUCAGUCAAUGCUGAAGUUAGCUACUUGGAAAUUUAUAAUGAGAAGGUCAGAGAUCUCAUGAUUGACAGUGGAGUGAAACACAAUUUGAAAGUUCGUGAGCAUCCUCAAUCUGGUCCAUUUGUCGAUGGUCUUUCCAAGCACAUAGUAAUGUCAGCUGCUGACAUUCUUCGUCUCAUUGAAGUUGGCAACAACCACAGAACGACAGCCGCGACUCAGAUGAAUGACGUGAGCAGCAGAUCGCACGCAAUAGUAACGAUUAAUUUUACACAAGCAAAAAUGGAAGAUGGCAUUCCAAGCGAGACAAUGUCGAGAAUAAAUCUCGUGGAUUUGGCAGGCAGUGAGCGUGUAGAGUCGUCUGGAGCAACAGGAGAUCGACUAAGAGAAGGAUCGAACAUCAACAAGUCGCUCACUACACUCGGACUCGUCAUAUCAUCUCUUGCUUCUAACAGCACAGCAGCAUCCAAACCAGAAACCGAAAAGAAGAAAUUUGUACCAUACAGGGACUCGGUGUUGACCUGGCUGUUGAAAGACUCACUCGGCGGCAACUCGAAGACCAUCAUGUUGGCCGCCAUUUCACCCGCAGAUAUCAACUAUGGCGAAACACUCAGCACGUUGAGAUAUGCAAACAGAGCAAAAAACAUUGUCAACAAACCUGUUGUAAAUGAGGAUCCAAACGUUCUGUUGAUUCGUCAAUUGAGGGAAGAGAUUAUAAAGUUAAGGGCCAUCAUUGCAGAUCAAGGACAGACACAGACACCUAAUCGUUUGCUACAAACUCGCUUGAGUGAGAGCACGGCACUAAUGGAGACACUGACACAUGAAUGGGAAGACAAGUGGUCGCGCUCUCAUAAGAUACUGCAACAAGGCUCACUGGCAUUGAGCGAUAGCGGUGCACGUGUGAGGGUCGAGUCGGAACGGCCGCACCUUGUUGAACUUAGUGCGUCGCCAUUGACGACAAGCAUCACGAUAUGCAAUAUUAGAGAUGGAGUUACAACAUUUGGGUUACCAUCCUACUCACCAGACAUCGAACUAACCGGAGAUGACAUAACAGAAUUACAUUGCACUAUGGAAUACAACGACGACGUUGUCUUGCUCAAUCCACAGUCGGGAGCGAUGUGUAGCGUCAAUGGCAAGAGAGUAACAGAAAGCAUGCAGUUGUCUCAAGGUAAUGUUGUUUCUCUCGGGCAAUGGAACAUAUUUCGGUUUCAUCAUCCAGCUGAGGCGGAACGACUACGAAACAGUUCAACACACGAGAGACAACUGGCUAGUGUGUUUACACCAGAAAGAAUGAAUUUAGAGACUAAACAGGAGGAGGAGAUGAAGAUUGAGAAGCAAAGACUUGAGGAGAAGCAGAGACUUGAGGAGAAGCAGAGACUUGAGGAGAAGCAGAAGCUUGCAGAGCAAGAGCAACUGCAGAAGAAGAAACAAUUAGAGGAAGAACUUCAGCAGUUGAAUAGUUCAUUGCAAGGGGAGAGAGAUGCAUUGGAGGAACAGAAAGUGAAGUAUUUGUCCAUGAGGCAAGAAGAAGAAAGGAGACUUGCUGCACUCAAAGAAGAGGUAACAGAGAAAGAGUAUCUGCUCUGCCAACAACAAGAGAAGAUCUGUGAGCACGAGCAAACAUUACAAAAUCUCUCAUCACGAUCAUCCAUCAUCAGACAGUCAACUCCAAUUGCAACACAUCCUGAAAACGAAUCAACCACAACCACAACGGCAGUGGCAACAGCAACAGAAGACACAGAAAGAAACCGACACUCAACAACACCGGAGGAUCUCGACAAGCAGCAUGAGCAACUAGAGCUUGAACAAAAGUUACCCGAGCUUCAACAUCAGUUAGAACAAAGGAAACUAUCUACCCCAACUCGACAACCAAGCAUGGUGUUUAAAUCAAACAUGCGAGAACAUCUCUCAAAGAAACACGACCUCAGUAAGUUACCACAACUAGAAGUGACCGAAGAUGGUAUCUGUAGAGGAUUUCUCAUCAAGCAAGGUGAAGUUGUCCGAAACUGGAAGAAACGCUACUUCGUCUUCAACCCAUGCAAUCGUACUUUUACCUACUACACCGACCAUACACUCAAACACGUGAAGGGAAUUAUAUAUUUUGAUGCAAUACAGAGGGUGUGGUCGGAAGACAAAACCAGUGUGACUGACUGGUCACACAAAUUUUAUAUAAAGACAAUCCAACGUGUGUAUAAUAUCCGAGCUCAGACAAUGGCCACGAUGAAAGCGUGGAUUGACAUCGUGGAGACAACACAGAUUGACAACGUUUCUAUACACAAGUCGUAGCAGGACUACCAAAACUAUCAAUAUUAACCCGUAAUAUUGUGUGACAUCAAUCAACUGUAGCCAAUGAAAUAUUAUUGCCUGAUUUUUGUUGA